UGUUUGCUACCGGACAUUUGAUGGGAAACACAGCUGCUGUCCGCGGGGUUCGGUCGGUGGAGGUUGUGCGGCUGGGACAGUUGAACCUGAAUCUGAAGCAUUUUGGUGGAAGAGACGGAGGAGCGGAGAAACAGCUGAUCUCCGGUCAGGUACACGCGCGCACGCAUGUUUACAGGAUGGAGCUCUCAUCUCUCCUUCACGACCUUAAUUUCUCCUCCUCCCCCUCAGAGAAGCCCCUCCCCUCUGCUCCUCUCCCUCCAAUCACAGAGCUCUUGUCUCAGCUUCAGGAAAAGCUGAUUGGUUUGACUGAUGAACCCUCUGAGAGAAGUUCCCUGAUUGGUCAAGUGGAGCAGCUUUUCCAGACUGCACCUCCCGACUGGUUGUUAUCUCCAGGCUCAGAUGAUCUGGAUACUGGGUGGGCGGAGCUUAAAGCAGCAUACAACUCUCUGAUCAGCACUCUGAUUGGCUGCGCAGCUCUCCCAGUCUGUGAGGAUGAUUGCAGCUCUCUCAGUGCAGCGGCCAAUCUGAAUGUCCCCAGCCGAGCCACAGCUGUAAGCGCCGCCCUCACGGCGCUGCUGGGAAACUGGGAGGGAGGAGAUGUGACUGGGCUGCUGCUCACUGUGGCUCCGCCCAUCUGCGUGUUUGCUGUCACACAUUUCCAGGAUCAGGUCUGGACCUCCCCCUCCUCCAGAGCGGCAGCACGAUGCCUGCAAGACGUACUGCUGAAGGCAGGUGGCUGGAGAGACUCCUCCUACCUCCUGAUGGGGGACAGAGAGGAGCAGAAGAGAGGGAUUCUGGAGGGAAUUCUGGAUGUACUGCAGCCUCAGUUGACCAAGGACUCGUGGCAGCGUUGUGAGGCGGUGAAGCUGGUGUUUGCUUGGACUCUCCUUCAGGUGACCCGACCCAUUCUGUCCCCCCACCUCCCCCGUCUCCUGCCCCCCUCCCUCCUCCUCAGCGACCACUACAGACCAGAGAACUGCAUGUUGGGAGUUCGCUGUCUGCACCACAUCCUACUCAACACGCCUGCUGCAGAUCUCCGUCAGUUCAACAGAGCUGAGGUUCUCUACCAGGCCCUGAUCAAACACCUUUACACAAAUGAGGCUGUUGUCAUACAGCCCGUCUUGUCCUGUCUGCUCGACCUGCUGCUGGUUUUGGAGAAGCCCCCCUCCUCACUCAGCCCCUCCUCCUCCCGGAGGAAGGCUGGUCGCCAUGACAACGUGCUGCAUCUGGUACUGACCCACAUGGAGGCGGAGCACAAGGUGGCUUUGCGACGCGUCUACGCCUCGGCUCUGCCUGCCUUCAUUGACAGAAUGGGCGUGGCUGUGUGCAGACACCUGCGGCGGGUGGAGCGGGUGGUUCUGGGAUACCUGGAGGUCGGAGAUCCACCUGAGGAGACAAGUCGGCUGAAGAUCCUGGAGGUGCUGCAGAAGACAACCAAAGCAGCGUGGCCACGGAUGCAGCGGCGUGUCAACGUGCUGCUGCGUCGUUUGCUGCGGCUGCUGGUCGACGUUUCCGCCAACGCGCAGCUUGACGACUCGGUCCGACGUCAGCUGAUGGAUCAAAGCGCCGUCUGCAUCCAGCUGCUGGAUGCCUGCUCACAUGGCCGCGUACAGCUUCUCCUCCAGCAGGUUGACAGCAGCUGCUGCAGCUCAGAGGUGCUCAGUUGCUUAGCAACGGUGAAGACUGGGAGGUGAUGCAGCCCACCUGGAGGCGGGGCUGUGGGAGGAGAGGGCUGCGACGUCCUGACGGAGGGAGGCAGGCCGGAGGUGAACAUGGAAACCUUCUACGAGUCAGCGUGCUGGACGGUGAUGACAUCACAUGAAGCGCAGGACGACGACCCCGCCACGUAGACGCAGAACCAAAGCUGGUCUGAGCUGACGAUGUUUAUAAACCUGACAGGAGUGAUUGCGUAGCUUCAUUCAUCCUUCAUGUGCAGAAACUACAGGUUUUCCAGCAGAUGCAGGAGGGAGCGUCAGGUUUUAUAGAAACCCUGCAGGUUUUUGUGUGUUUAAUUAUUAACAUAAAUGUUCAGAUUAAGUGAAUAAAGAUCCAGAUUGAACAAACUGAAUGAGCGACUGACGGAGCUGCUGUUGGUCCGGACGGCGCUGCCUGUCUGAGGUUAAGAUCCUCUAAGCCAACACCCACCGCCUGGCACACAGAGGACCAAUCAGACACGAGAAUUCAACCUUCUUAUUGAACUGAUCAUUUCUCAUAGAGAACUAACCUGACAGUCGUGUAGGGUAGGUUGAAACUCAUCUACCUGGCAGAUCUCAGGUGUUCAGGUAGAAGUUCCUCAGUGGUGGAUCUGGAUCUUCACUGUAGUGUGAUGUACAGCUCUGCAUCUGCACCUCUUCAACUCUCAGUGAUCUAGAGAGCUGGUUAUUCUUUUAGUGUCAUCAGCUUUAAAGUUGAAUCUGGAUGUUUUAUUUUAAAACUUGAUCUAUAUUAAAACGAUGUGUUGUAUAA